AUGACGAAUGGUGAAACGGCCCACUGCAGGCUAGCUGAGACCAACAUCGACCGUGUCAUCGGUGCGCGGGGAUUGUCUGUCGAGGUAGAGGACGCUGCAAGGUAUGAAGAUGGUACUGGGACGCAGUUAGUAUGGGCCGUCGGUAUUUCUACUUGCGACUGAGCCUCUAGGGCCGUGUACUAAGUUAUCUUUGCGCGUGUUUGAAGUGCCGGGAUGGGAGGUGUGAUGCAUCUACGAGUCUGUCUCUUAGUGAGUGAGCAGCAGGAAGACGUGUGGACGGUGAUUGGAUUUCCGACUCUUAGUCCCUGAAUGGAUUUGGCAGCCACGGCCCACUUUUUGCCCUACGCACGGCCAACAUCGCAUGUCCCUCCAGGUAAGCUGGGUCAAAUUAUUAGUAAACCUAUCACACAAUGGGCGGUCCAUCACCGAAAACGAACAUAACUUUGACCACACCCUUGUGAGAGCUUGGCCAUGCUUUUCAGACCGAUCGAAAAGACGUUAAUGGUCAGCCACUUCGUCGACCUCGAGGGUCAUAUCAUUGCUGGGUGCUCUUUUAAGGCUGUCCCCAACCCCGCAGCGGCACUGAAUGGAAGAGAUGCCUGUGAUGCGCCUUUGCCCGGGACGUUAUGUUUUGAGUAGAUUCUUUAAAGUGUCCACCAAUGCUGUUUAAGUCACGGGUGUCGACAUUGCACAUUUCGUCAUUUCCAUCUACGCCCCAGCUCCAGCCGCCAGCCAAGGCAACAAAGACUCGUCAUGCUCUCAGUUGGGAGAAUUUAUUCAAAGGCUCAGUCGCUAUGGCUUGCUGAUUGCCGCAGGCGGCUGUAGUGACAGGACUGUGCCCAGGUGACUUCGUAACCAACCACUGGGCCGUGUUACGAAUGCAACAAAGGUGAGAGGCUACUGAUUUUCGCUGGCGUAAUCCGCUGUUUGUCAACAGCAUUUGGUCCGGCCCCGCAGAACGCCACUACUCUGAUAUCCCAACGGUGAUCUUCAGCCAUCUAUCGUAAUUCAAAGUUUUGCAGUUGUUUGACAUAGCAGCCCGAUUUACGUUGCUGAAACUGGAUGCUGGCCAAAGCAUUUUCUCCCUAACCCACCUGAAUGCUUCGUCAAAGCGUCCGUCUUAGUAUUGUGACAUCCUAACACGGAGGGGGCUCUAUUGAGAAGUCCGGCUUCUUCCGCAACUCAAGUCAGAGGACGCGGUAGGCGAUGGUCAUCAAACCGCGAGACAACUAAGACGAUUCUCGGAUUCACUCAGUGGCACUACAAUUAUUGGACCGGCACAAGGUACGCUUGCCUGUUCAACCAACUCGAUCUACCUCCAAUGAGGUUUCCUUAGACUCUUAUCGCCUUGACACCUAUAUUGAGGGAGGUGGGUUGAAGUGGGAGAGCUACCACAGUAUCGCUAUCAUCAGUAUUCUUCAAAAGAUCUUUGCCGUCGUUCUCGGACGGCUUCAAUGGACGCAACACAAUGACGAGACCAGAUAAAUGCGGAUUCCGAACUGGACGUUAGUGCAUCGACGGAACUCUACUAUAUUCAUCAGGGGCCGACGGCUAUCUGCCUUGUUGGAUUUUAUGGAUCGUUCAAUUCUGUUUGUAGGGACGGUUCUGCCACGGCUAAGGCCUGCCAUCACUCCACCUUGGCGAUCCGUCCAAACAUUGUCAUAUGCAGUGUAGCGUUGGGAAAAAGACCGCAUGUUUUCAUGUAUCUUCUCUUAAAUAUUCCAUUGGCCGGAUUCUCGGAAGAGCUUUACACAGUCCCGGUUGUUUUAGAUUCGCGCAUGAGUGCUGACGGACUGACCUUAGCUACGCUAGCAUUACCACCCUGUUAACGUCGAAGCACGGUUCCUGUGAAACUUUGUGUAACUGAUGAAUGCUAAUGAUUAAUUAGUCAGUCUGUCCGUCCGUUGAUACUGCGAACACGCUGUAUCCGAGUUGCAUCUCUGGCCACGAAAAGAAGCCUUUCUCAGCCACUAACGACUAACUUGGAGAAGUAAAUGGUUCAAAAUAUCUCUGGUCGUGGUUUUUGCCGUAUCGCCAAAGUAAGGGCUGCGCAUCGUGGAGGAUUGCUGCUCGCGGGGUCUUCGCCAGCCUUAGGAAAUGUCUAUGGGCUUGUCACAAUGCCUCCAUCACCGCAAAGAUCCGCAUGUGAUGGACAUUUUUCCAGUCGGUCCUGUGCGGCUGCGAAUGCUACGCUCUGCACGUGGAAGAUGAACUGGUGUUCGGUCACCAUUUCAUGUGAAGCGCCCGUUGACUAAUUUAAGUCGACUUCAUCUCGGGUGGUCGUCCAAACUCAAAGCAAAAUCACGAUGAGACUUCACGUCAUCUUACGAAGGCAACUGGAGUGGUUUUGGCACGUUCGCCGCCCGCCCUGUGACUGCAGUUUUACUACCUUUGAUAUGAAGCCACUGCUGAUCUGUAGGCGCAGAAGAAGUCAACUACAGGUCUACUUCCACAGACGGUCAAGACAUGUUGCUACUUUCCUACUUGCAUCUUCAUUGCCAACCGCAGUUUGGGAGACGGACUGUUCAGAUCAAGAGGUCGGCGGCAGCAACUGUCCUACCGUGCCAUGAGCCAACCGUUGUUUUUUGCAGCGCGAGGAGGGUGCGUGCAUGCGUCUGAGCCAUUUUCGUCUGCAGCCAACGCCUUUGGGCACGUCGGUCGCCGUCAGACUGUCGCCAUGUCGGGGACCGGGUUGCGUCUGGUGGAGACUUUUAGUUGACAAGGUUGUCCAGCCAUGUAGUCGUCCGACCCAGGGGCUGAGUCAUGUGCGGCAGGGUCAUUCAUCUGACUAGAGGUGUUAAUGUGAAGAAAGGGCAGUACAGGUAAGCUUCCGGGCACAAGACCACGGACGCAGAUUGCCACACGCACAUACGCCUUCCGUCCCUGGCAAGACUUCACACUGACAGGCACGUGGUCACCGACUUCGGACGGAUGGGACGUGCGCGCGCGCGCCUAGUUCUGAGGAUAGCCGACCAUGGGCGCAAAAAACGAAACUCAAGAACCUACGAACUAAUCCAACAGACUGACGCUGACUGCCCUCACGUAGGACAGGAUAGGUGGACUGCCGCCAAGGACGGCCUUUACCGCGUGCCCUUGGAAGUGGACUCGGGGACGUGUUGUGCUUGAAUAGGAGACCAUACCGCACACUGCCCUCCCGUAUCCACCACUGAAACCACCCUGCGACAGUCCUCUCUGGCUUGUCUCUCGGGAUUCCAAAACACUUCAUCUCCGUCAUGGAGACGAAGAAAUGGACUUCGGCGUGCGCCUCACCAAUAAUACCGCCCCGGAAACCCUCGAAUGUGUACGGUGAUCUUCCCCCCCCCCCAUUCCCCCUCGUACCUCCACAUCUUUACCCGAUCCUCCCGCACACAGCCCUUGCGGCAUACAGCAUGCACAUUUGCCCAGUCGUUCUGCCCCUCAUGUUGUUAAGCAGGAAACAUUCAUCGACCGUCCUUUCGCAAUGCCUUCGCUCUGGACGCGAUUUAGUGUUUUUGUUCAGCCAUUGCUGGCGCGCACGCCCGUAUUGCCGUUCGUCUUGCUCCCGCGUAUGGCUGCAACGGCACAACCGACUUUGUCUCGCUGAUUGGUCGGUCAUUAACGUGCCUCGUGGUCAUGGCAACCAAUCGCUUGACAGACACUGCAGGCAACCCACGCCUUUGCGACCCACGCCUCUGUACGCGCGCAGCACACGGUUGCAUUCGCUUGCGACCUGCGCGCUCUAGCCAACCAAGUUUUUUUUCCUGUAGUUUUGCUUCACUAACAUACGAUACGGGGACAUCGUGCUUCUCGUUCCGUUCGCACAACCCGUUCAUCCUCGUAGGCAAAAGAGGAGCUCCGCGGUUGCUUUGAACAGGCUUUGCAUUGAACUGGAAGCUUUGGUUGACAAAAUUUUGCCGAGAGCUCCUAAUCGAAACGGCGCGCUCUUACUGAAAAUUGGAGUCCUUUUAAACUGACUAACAGACCGUUUGCCAGAUUAUGAGGAUUAGUUAAGAUCCACUAACUCUCUGUCCCGCAAUGGUUAGUUGUUUCUUCUGCGGGGCGCCUACCUAAAAUUUGGCGAAGCUGGUGGUUUUCUCUAGAAUACCUCACAAAAGCUCCUCAGGCCAGCCUUCAGGCUCCUCUUGGACUUCUGAAGACGAGGAGCUCUAGCAGCGAAGCAGUGGCGCCUUUCAACCCAGUGCCCAAAAGACAACAAACAGAACCCCCAAAGCCGUGACCUCCCAUGUAAUGCAUCGAGUAAUUUACGCUGGGCAUCAGUGCGCCUCGCCCCAUGGCUAGGUUCCGGAGUCAUCCAGCAACCCUAGACUGCCGCAACCAGCCAUUUUAUGAAGACACCAUGCAUAUUUAGCGCCGAGGAAUAAUUCCGCCUUUUCAGUCGCGGUUGCACGAGCGCAAACCCUACGCGUGGUGUGGUCGAGUGAAGCGAGGAAUUUUUCCAUCCCCUCCGUGCUACAUAAAAUUAUCCUUUUUCGCAGUGCCAUCCUUCUGAGAUCUUAUGUUUCCGCAUAUUUACCACGCUCUUUUUUGACAGUUUCGUUUACUCGCAGCACAGUUUUCCGGUUCGGGCCAGUACGCAGCACUCACGUUCACGGCCACCACCCUGAGUGUUGCUGGUUUCUAUCGCAUCCGCACCAACCGUCUGCAUGAAUUCCCUGAUUCAGCUGUAGACUAGGCCUAUUCGGUAAUACGCGGACAUAGAUGCUGCCAGCAAAAUUGAGCAAGGACACCGCUUGGUAACCCUGUUUUAUUGGCGUAGUGUGCCCUCCCGUAGGUGAAAUACGGUUUUAAGUCUGAAAUCUUGCCGGAUUUUCCUUGCCUCCACACCCCCCUGGAGCAGAAAGGCAAACCUGCUUACGAAUCAGAUGUCGCCGUGUUUGCAUAUUCCGGCUAUAUUUGAGUUGACUCCCAGAAGUUUUCCUGCUGGACAUUUUUACACCGUUUUGACGAUUUCCUACUGGGACACCGGACGAUCAGGGACGCCGUUAGUUUACACUUGAGCCAGUUUCUUUAAGGGCUUCUCGGAGAUUAUAAAUGGGCGAAUGAGAGUGCGUUGAAGGUGUUUGACUGACAGUUCCAGGAUUUGAAAUUUAUCCGCUGAUAGGAGUAUUUCAUCUGAGCCGAGCAUUUUCGGUGGGUUUACGCCCAUAGACUGUUUAGAUGGUUGUCACUACACUUUUCAUUUCGUCACAGUCCACAUCUCUCCGGAUUUAAUCUGCCAUGGUAGUCAGCUAGUCAUUCCGUUCCUCUCCCUGCCUUUCCUGUAGACGGCGAGCUCAUUGGGAGAAUGCAGUUUCAUACUGUGUCGUGAUGUUGUCCCCGUGGGCUCUAUCGAUUUGGUUUUCUCGUAUUUCCCGACCGUUAUCGAGCACUUCUGACCUUUUCAGCCUGCAGAGAUCCAGUGACUUUGACAUUAGAUGGUGUGCACGGCUUUGCGCAGUCUCUGCCACUUCCGCCUAACGUCUUCUUCCUCCGAGAUUUGUACUCAGCUGAGGUUGGCGUUUAGUGUGCUGGGGGCUUCCCGCCAGCAUUCAACCACGCCCAGUACUGUCACGUUUAACUUUGUUGGUGUUGCGUUUACAGCCUCAUUUAGGUUGAGCAGUCUCCCUCCGUUUUUCCUGUUCCGAUUACAUGAUUUAUUGCUUGCCGCCAUGUGGCCACAGGCGAUCACCCUCGAGGUUGGAGCACCUUUUAAAUGAACUCAAAUCUUUCCGAUCACACCCGACCAAAUGCGACCUCGUAGUUCAUUGGUGGAGCGUUGAAUAAAGGGACGCACGUAGCCAUCGGACCACCUCUGAUGGGGGAUUGGGACGCGACUAGAUCAUGCGGUAAAAUAGGCCUGAAAUGGUCAUCCCAGUCCCGUCCAGUCCCUUUUUGUCGGAAUCACUUUCUAGUAAUCUGUCCUCCGGGUGCCGUUUUCAGUUUCAACUUGACAUGGGUUCCGCAUUUACAGGACGACGUCUCAGCUCGCGAAUACUUGAGCACAAACGGGCCGUUCGCAGAGGCGACCCACUAUCACAUGUCGCGACUCACACGCUGGAGGAAGGCCAUGAGUUCGACUUCGCCAACACGCAGAUAUUGGCGCGAUGCGGCGACAAGACGGGGCGAGAACUGUUGGAGGCGUGGGUGUCGGACACCAACUUUACCAAUAGACACAUUGCUUUGCCUGCGUGUUAUCACACCCUCCGCCCACGCAGCCAGCUGGCGCAGCUCACAUCACCGCGAAGUACAAACGGCGUCACCACGCCGGGGGACCAUUGUGGACCAAGCGGCACAAACCAGACCUAGCCACGGACGUAGUCCACCCCCCCCCCUUUAUGACACAACGAUAUAAAUGUUCACACGUUGCUGCACUCUAGCAGUCUCUGAUGAUGAACUCCAGUUCGAGUUCGAAAUCUAAGGCCAAUAAAUCUACCGUGCCAGUGAUCGUGCCUUCGUCUUCUUUUAAACAAGAACCUGGUAUGCGCAUAUUCCCUUCCAUUCGUGAAUCACUUUCUAGUAACCAUUCUGUCCUGGUGCCGUUUUCAGUUUCAAUUCGGCAUGGCUUCCGUAUUUACGGGGUCAUCUAACACAAAAGUGUCUAAUUGCUGCCAAGUUAUCAUGCCCAAACUUUGUAGCUUGGAAGCUUUUUGACUCCUAUGUGUUUGGUGGCUCCCUAAAACAAUGAUCCGCGAUUGCUGGCCUCGAAAAUGUCCGUCUCCAAAAAUUAGCCAGUCAAAAGAGAGCUGUCUGCAUGACCAGGCUACAUGAAAUUAUUUUGCAAAACGCCGUGUAUAUAUUCUUCAAGGCUAGAAGUAAUGGAGGUCUUGAAUAUCGUCAGCGAUGGAGCGCAGUGCGGCACUCAUUCACGGGGGCCGAUAAAAAAAAACGUACAGUUCGGCGGAAAUGUAAACACGUCUGUCAGGAGUAAUCGUCGACCACGCUAUUGGUAACGGACUGGCAAAUCGAUAUGCCCGUUGGCUGAGUCAACGCUCCAAUGCCACGUUUCAUCCAGCCAGCGCGAAGCCCGGUCGUCUGAUUGGUUCAGCACUGCCACGCUGUUGGACCAAUUGGUCUUCCUGUCUAACAGCAAGUCUGUGCUCCUGCUGGUGAAGACUGCCUGUGCGUUGCUGACAGAAUACCAUACUCAGUGGUUUGGUCGAAAAAGGGUAGUGGUAGUAAAACUUGUGAGUUUCUCUCAAAUAAUUUGACGCAAGAAAGAGUUGGGCAACAAUCGGGAGAUGGCACCCAAAGAAAUCUGGCUAACCAAAGCAGCCUGUCUUACGGGACAGGUAGUAAUAAGGGUUUUAUGGGUGGUAGCUGGUUGGGCUGUACGAUACUAGCCGAUGUGAAGCCCUAUUUGAACAGGUGUAUGAUCGAAGCUGGCCCGUUCUCCGUUCCGUUAUUACAAAAUGGGUCGCCAAAGGCAGUAUCGUGGUAACGAACGAGUGGAAGGUGUAUAAUAGCCUUCCCUCAGAAGGUUAUCUACAUUUCUCUGUUAACCACUCAAAGAACUUCAAGGACCCUACCACCGGACGUCACACCAAUGCCACUGAGGCAUACUGGAGUAGACUGAAAAGAAAACUCCAUGAGGGAGGCCCUGUAUGGGGUCAAGCUGUGUGGGCUCACAUAGAAGAAGUACAGUAUCGUCUUUGGUUUGGCCUCAAUGCCAUCUCUUUGACAGAUGCCUGCGAACUGUUGCUGUACCAUUUCGUGCAGACUUAUCCUAUUUAAAAGUGAUUUUGUUUUGUAAUAAACUGCCAUAAUGUGGAUGUAUGCCAUAUAUUCAGAUGUACGUGUAUAACGAUGGGGAAGGCUGGGUAACAGCGACCAUCGUCCAUGUAACCUCCUGCGAUGUUCGUUCGGCCAGCCCAUGUUAGGCCGUCGCGGAAAGUCCAAGUAGUGCGUGAAAGUAGGCCUGUGACCGUUGAUAUAGCCUGAAGGCGUUUGAGUCAACUGUUAAAGGUAUUAUUUCUAGGUAACGGGUUUUUUGGGUGCCAUCUCCCGACUGUCACCAAGAGUUGAGAUCCUUAUAGCCAGUAUGAAGACCAGUAGAUUGAGCAAAUAUGACCAAAUCACUAUGCAUAUUGGAACCCAGAAAACGUAGGCAAUGCGCAAUACCGUCGUUCUGGUGUAGGUUAACUGUGGAAGACAGUAUGGAAGUAGGUCGGAUGUGGUUCGGUAGUCCCACCUGAAGUAAGCAAACCCCAGUCACCUUUAAUACGGGACCGGCGGUAAUAGGGGUUUUUACAGGUGAAACCGGGGAACGCGCAGGCAAAGAGAUCAAGUAGUUGCAUGCAAAAGAAUAUCUAUUGGGAGUGCGUGGUUGUACUUUUAAUGGUUGAGAAAUAGUUGCGCUAAUCCCAACCUCUUAUCCUAAACCCCGACCGCUAACCCUAACCUUUAACCGUAACCCCUGACCAUAAGCCUUAACCCCAACCCCAACAGUAUUGUGUCCAUCAGGGGGGGCUACCAAAGAACAUCUUACCUGAAGGUAUUUAAAAGUUGAAAGUAGUGGUUAGAUAAAAUAAAGAACUUGUUUGUAGUGGUGGAAUAAGUUUUCAAUGAGUUUUUUUCCGAAAUUUCAGGCCAUCAGCUGCAGUAGUCAAAAAAGUUGGACGGCUGCAAGUACAUCUUUGAACGAAAACGAAAGAAAUAAUGGAAGAGAUGCACUCGGAGAAGGUGACGCAGUCUUGUCAGGAUAGGGGACUACUACCAACUGUGGUAGUCUGCCAAUGCGGACCCCUACUGUGACAGCAAGUCCAAAGUCGGCACAUGGACGGAUGUGUCUUCGGGUGUGGCCGGUACAGAAGAAGGAAAUCCCUCAGAUGGGGCCCGAUAUUCGAAAAGAGUUGGCUAACAAUCGAGACAGUCAUGAAAAGGUGACUGUAUUUUUCACAGAGAACCAGUGUGACGGAUUGGCGUAUGCCGCACAAUAGCUGCUGAGUGCUAUGCACUCUGUCGCAACACUUACUCCGCUGCUCUCAUGAGGGAGACGAAACUGAUUGGCCUACCGGCGGUAGGACUGGGUGAAACGCUUAUCAGCCAGCGUAAAUGCAACGCUAGGAAUCGCAGAAGACAAUGGUGGCCGGUGAGCAUGUAUGACACCAAGAGGAAGGAGAGGGUCUUGUUUGAACAGGUCAACGACAGGAGCUGGUCCGCCUUGAAAAAGUGGAUGGCAAAGGGCAGCAUCGUCGUUACUGAUGAGCGGAAGGCAUAAAAACGCCUGCCAUCAGAGGGGGUUACGCCCAGUUCACGGCCAUUCCAACUACCAACAAACACACCAGCUCAAUCGAAGCCAAUUGGAGCCAAUUAAAAAGGCAGCAUCACGAAGGAGGCCCAGUGUCAAGCCGGGCCAUAUGGGCGCACAUUGCUGGGUUGCAAUAUCGCCUAUGGUUUGGCCUAAAGGAGGCGUGGGAAGUCUUCCUGUUGCAGUUGACACAAUCUUACAACGACACUUCAAUGCAGUCAAGCAAUUUGCUGGUCGAAUUCUAGAUGACGUUGCCCAUCCCCUACAUUCCGAUCUUAUGUCUGCUAAGUCUUCCCCCCCCCGAUGCGCCGCAACUUCCGUCUUAUAUCCUGUCGCCCAUCGGCUUAUCGAGCUUCUGUAUUGCCAUUCCUAGCGCGCUAUCUUACGUGCGAAGAGACAGAAAUACAGAAGCUAAGACUUGAACUAUCCCCAUAAUAAUCGUUUCUUUGUGUUAAAAUUUGACUCUUGAAUAAUAUGUUAACUUAUUUACUGCCCAUAGUGAAUGGAGCCAACUUCUUGCUGAAAAUUUUGAACAUAUGAUUUCAAAAUAAAGCGCAUUCCUCUCUCUCUCUCUCUGGAACGGAAACCUUCACGGCAGAACUGAACAGUUUGUAAGUAAUUUUCUUUACAUAAAGGUAAUGCAAGCUAACUGUCGUGUAAUUGCUAAGACAAGGAAACUGCAAAAAAACAAUCGUUUUCUCGGCUGUUUAUCCUGAGGUAGCGAGAAGUAUAUGUUGUGUGCAGUGUAAUAAAGGUCUAGGUGAAACCCUUCGGGAAAGAAAUAAGUAGAGCAUCGUGUUCAAGCGAUGCUGACAGCACUCGGUUCAAGGUGGGAACCGAGGCGAUACGGUUUCUUCUAAAAUCUCCGAGCCAAGGUCAUGGAGAGGAAGGGUAAAUUGAAAAGCAACGUCUGCUAAGCGAGGUAAUAACCUAUUAGAAUCAGUUUUGAAAAGCGUACUGCCAGGUAGCUUCGCGCGAGUGAGUGGUCGGUUCGAUGACGAAGCUUGCAGCCUCCAGUAUACGAUGAGGACCGAAGCGAUACGGUCGCUUCUCAGCACCCAUAAGGAGUUGGAAUGACAUGGUCGGCCACGAGGAGGGCGUGCGGCGACAAACCAACAAGAGAGGAAGGGCGACACGAGAGGCAGCCUCCAUGUAUAAAGUAAUAAUAAACAAAAUACGAGCUACUUAAACAAGUAUAAUUGCCGGUUUUGUAUGUAGCUACAGCUUGGGGUCCCCCGCCCUACCAUUGCCGUUUUUUAUUUUUUCAAGGACAUGGUCAUCACAGACCUUCGUUGUGGACGCCCACUUUCGUUGAAAGUUACGUUUGAUGCUCCGGCGAGCCUACGCACACGUGGUCGAGACCGCCGUCAUCAGGAGGAUUUUGAUUAUCGUGGACUACAAGAACCCUAUUUUCAUUUUAUCGACUGGAUACCGGGAAAACAGGGACGCCCCCAGCCUCAGAGGGCAGGCAGUAAUGUUACGGGGGAAAAUUCCCCUGAUGCACAGAGAAUGGUGUGCUUACGAUAACACUAGCUUAUUAUAUUUCGAUUUUUUUAGUCAUAAAUUACAAUCUCGCCGUGUGA